AGACAACAAAGAGCAAGAUUGUACGCUCUAUUGGUAAACACGGAUUGAUUGUGCGAGCAGGACAAACAACGAGAAGAGCUUAAGAAGCAGGCCUCUCAGCAUUUCCACUCUUCAAAAUACAUGAUCUUCAAAGAAUCAUUUCAAGGCGACAACAUCACGGACAAUUUCAUCAUGGUGAACAGAACCUACAACCUUCCACACCGUCCACAUAGCGAUGGCGGAAAAGAUGAUGGUGCUGAUCAGCAGCUGACCAUCGCAAUGCACCCAAUCCAACACGUUGACGACCAUUUCCUUGUCUCGAUCCAGCCGCCCAAAGUACCCAAAGACGGUCUCAAACGAAUUUCUUGUGACACUGUGCUUGUCAUAGAUGUUUCCGGCAGCAUGAACGAGGCUGCAUCACUACCCGAUGUUGCGGACAAGAACGAGCGGGAAUCAACCGGACUCAGCAUCCUGGAUCUCACCAAGCAUGCUGCAAGGACCAUUCUUGAAUCUUUGACGGAUAAUGACAGGCUUGGUAUUGUGACUUUCUCCAGUGACGCAAAGAUCGUCCAAGAGCUCACCUCAAUGACGAAGCUCGCAAAGUUAGCCACCUGGAAACGGAUCCAAAGCCUUCGGCCCGAGUCCUAUACUAACCUCUGGGCUGGAGUCAGGGCCGGGCUCAAGUUGUUCGAAGUGGCCAAACAAGUCUACAACGUGCAAGGGAUGUUCGUCUUGACUGACGGAAUGCCCAACCACAUGUGCCCGCCACAGGGAUAUGUGUUCAAGCUGCGAGAAAUGGUUACAAAAGCGGAUACUGAGCACCUGACCAUGCCAACUAUACAUACUUUUGGAUUUGGCUACCAAAUGAGGUCAGAAUUGAUGCAGUCAAUCGCCGAGGUGGGAAAUGGUAUUUAUUCCUUCAUUCCUGAUGCUGGAAUGAUCGGCACUGUGUUUGUACAUGCGAUUGCGAACCUCUUCACCACGUAUGCGACGUCGGCCAGACUAAAUGUGGAAGGCCUCAAAGUGGCGCGAGCCGUUGGCUUCAACAAUUUUGAGAUCCUUCCAAAUGCACAUGUUAUGCGUUUGGGCAAUCUUCAAUACGGCCAAAGCCGACAAUUUUUGAUUAGAUGUCCUGGCAGCCCCAAAGAUGCCAAAAUCCUGAUAAAGCUUGACUACCAACUGCCUGAUGGAACAGCGGAGAGCACCCGGAGCCGCACCAAGAUUGCAAAAUCGACCAACAUACCUCUCGCAGAUGCUGAUCUCCACAUCUCUCGAGCACAGCUCUGUGACUUCUUGUCCUCUCUCUUUCCCCUGAAGCAGAACGGAGAACACAUGUAUAUCAAGGGCGAAGACAAGCUGGUCGAGGCAAGAAACCAACUCGAUUCGAUAGUCACCGGGAUGGAAGCACUCGCUGGUCCCAAGAACGCCAAACGUGCGGACGGUUUUAUCUGGUCACUCCUCGAAGACCUGAAAGGCGAUGAUCCUGCGGGUCAGGUCUUCAAGGCGCUCGAGUGCUCCGGCGGAAAGAAUUACUGGAUGAAAUGGGGUCGUCACUACCUUCCGAGCCUACUGCAUGCCCAUCAGCGACAACUGUGCAAUACGUUCAAGGAUCCUGGUCCACUCAUGUACGGCAAGGACAGUCCCAUGUUCAGCAAGUACCGAGAUGAACUCGAUGAGACUUUCAACGACCUUCCACCACCCAAACCAAGCCGACCUGAACGGGUCGUACCGGUCUACGCUCCAAGUGGGGAACAAACAGGGACACGAACCAUUGGGCACUCUGCAGUGGCAUCAAUGAAGAGCUUUAACAACAGCGACACACCUUGCUUCGACGGUGAUUGUCUUGUCAAGACCGCAGCUGGAACAGCGAUCGCUGUCAAAGAUCUCGAGCCUGGCAUGCUCGUUUGGAGCCCAGCUGGCGCACGAAAGGUUGCAGCCGUGGUGAAGACAAAGGUUCGCAAUGGUAGACAAAUCUGCCGUGUCGGAGAGCUACUUGUGACUUGGUUUCAUCCGCUCAAGUAUGGAGAAAAAUGGGAAUUUCCGAUUAACGUGGCUGACAAAAUUGUGCCGUUUGUCGGGUAUGUCUACUCGGUUAUGCUUGCGCCGUCGAACGAUCCUAAUGCUCAUGCCAUUGAGGUUGGCAAGCAAAUAUGUGUCACGCUUGGGCAUGGUGUUGUCGAGGUCAGCAAGGCUGACAAGCGAGGACAUCCGUUCUUUGGCGAUUAUCGAAAGGUUAUGACGAGUCUUGCUCGUUUGCCGGUCGAUAGGAAGGGGCAUGUGAGAUGCGGAGGUUUGAAGAAAAGUCGGCGCAAUGGUCUUGCUUUUGCGUUCAAGGUCCCAGCUGCUGGUAGAAAUAUAUCGAGGGGCUGAGGUAGGCUGCGGAUAGCAAUAACCAGGAUAUUGUGCCGCAUUUGAUGCUGUUGCAGUUGGAGCUUUCUGUGGGGUGGGGUCAUCUUGAAAAGUGUUAUGGCAAGAGAAGUGGUUGGAACAAUGCUGUUUGGGAGGCUGUCGUUUAUGCGGAAAAGUUUUUCCUAUUAUGUACCGUAUACAUCAAUAUCUACGUGGUGUGAGUUAGUGCUUUUGCAUUCUUCCAAAGAUUCGACUUCAAAGUUGCCCAAGAAACUCGUCAUACUCUGCCAUGUGGUUCGACCUAUUCGUUUAGCAUGAUGAGGCCCAACUGUACAAGGCUGAGAUCUCGUUUUCGAUUCGGUCAUAUGCGUGGUUAAGCCUCAGAAGCAGGAAGUACUUCGGAUCCACGGCUUCCCGGCGCAACAUCACAGGGCCAAUA